AUGGCAGAAGAGGUGGAAAACUUCUUUGGCGUCUACAUGCUGUACUGUCUUAACCCCAAAUUUAAAGGGCGAAUAUACAUCGGUUUUACAGUCAAUCCUGAACGCAGGAUUCGACAACAUAAUGCCGGACGGCACAAAGGAGGGGCGAAGAGGACCAGUGGAAGAGGACCAUGGGAGAUGGUCCUCAUCAUCCAUGGCUUCCCGUCUGACAUCGCUGCCUUGACAUUUGAGUGGGCGUGGCAGAACCCCCACACCUCCAGACGCCUGGCCCAUGUCUCCCGGCGCGCCAGGCGCGAAUCCAGCCUGCAGUUUCACUGGCGCGUGGUUUCCAACAUGUUACGCGCCGCACCGUGGAGCAGACUCCCUUUGACGGCCCGCUGGCUCAAGAUGGAGUACAAGUUGGACUUUGAGUUGACUCUGAGGCCCCCGCCGCACGUCUCCGUGGCUUUCGGCGGUGUCAAAGCCAAGAAGUCGCGGCCGUUGCAGUUAGAACACCCAGAGGAGACUUGCGAGUGUUUUAUAUGUCAGGGCAAGAUCAAGACAUCCGAAGAGCUCCAAUGCGUCCACGCCUCUUGCGGAAUGCGCAGUCAUGUGAUCUGCCUCGCCCAGGAAUUCCUGCGAGCCGAACCGUCCCAGAUCUUACCCGUGGCGGGUCGGUGUCCAGCCUGUCGUCGCUCUUUGCUGUGGGGGAGUCUCAUCCGCCUCAAGCAAGGAUGCACGGGACACAAAGAGGAGUUGACGUAUCCCACUUAA